AUGCCAGGCCAGAGAUACAACUCCGCCCGUGCAUCGUUCACGACAGCACCACGCCCCGGUCUGAUAGUCCAACGCCACCACUGUCGCAAGGCAGAGUAUUGCGAAAGCCACCCGGAGCUUUGCCGAGCUUCGAUGCCUGUGCCUUCGCGGGUGCCGAGAUCGAAUUCAACUCCGACUCACUCUCCCCGGUCGAGUGAAAAGACUCGUCACAGCCCGCGGGUCAAACCAGACCCGAGAUGCACUUGCCAGCGGUCCGCUUCUCCUCAUAAGCAGGUGCCUCAUCCAAAGCCAGUGUCUCCAUCCAAGUCUACCAGACCUGAUGUUCCACAUUGUAUCUGCUUCUUCAUGGAUGGGUAUCACGGGGAUGACUCCGGAUAUUAUACCCAUUAUGAAGAUGACACUGCUACCGAGACCUCCACUCAGGCCAUGCCAGGGGAUGUGGAUGAGACACGUUGUGUUUUUCAUCACCGCUGUCGUCCGAGGUUUGAGCGUGGGAUUGGCUGGGUGUGCGGCAGGAAGUGA